AGCUUCAGAGUGAGCUUUGUAUGCAGAGAAGAGGUUAAUUUCCGCAGAAGAAGCGAUCUCUCGAGAGAAAGAAAUAUGUAUGACUAAAGUGUGGUCACUAAGCAAAGUUUAAGAGAGAUAAGAUAAACAGAAAGAAGAAGAAAAAGACUGAAACUAAUUCCUCUCUCGGUACUGAGCCAACGAGUGAAGCUCCUCCCACAGGAAUCACAUCAGUGAAGCUCCUCCCACAGGAAUCACAUCAUCAGUGAGGCUCCUCCCACAGGAAUCACAUCAUUCAUGAAGAUCCUCCCACAUGAAUCACAUCAUCAUUGAAGCUCCUCCCACAGGAAUCACAUCAUCAGUGAAGCUCCUCCCACAUGAAUCACAUAAUCAGUGAAGCUCCUCCCACAUGAAUCACUUAAUCAGUGAAGCUCCUCCCACUGUAGUUCACCAAUAAUUGCUGGAACAUCUCAUCAGUUCAGAAGAGAAGACGAGCAUCAAAUCACCAGAAGAGCUGAAAUCUGUGAAGUCUGAGUUUAUUAAAGAGGACAGAGAGAAGAUGAGAGAUCAAGAAGCCUCAACCCUCAGAAUCAAACACACUGAAGAUACUGAACAAACAGAGCUGAUUGAAGAGAACCAGGAGAGUGAAGAAUUGAGUGAAGUUGAGGAGAAAAAUCAUGUCAAAACCAGAGAAAAGCCUUUGAGUUGCUCUCAAACCAAACAGAAAGAUUUAAAGAAAAGAAGAGCCAAGAAAUCUUUCACCUGCACUCUGUGUUCAAAGAGUUUCACACGCAAAUAUAAUCUUGAUAUUCACAUGAGACUUCAUACUGGAAAGAGACCAUACACAUGUGAUCAGUGCGGGAAGAGUUUCUCUCGAAAAGAAUACCUUGCAUUGCACAUGAACAUCCACACUGGAGAGAAACCGUACACGUGUGAUCAAUGUGGGAAGAGUUUCACACAAUCAUCAAACCUUAAGAGACACAUGAACAGCCACACAAGAGAGAAACUGUACUCAUGUGAUCAGUGCGGGCAAACAUUUUUGUGGGCUCCAAACCUGAAGCAGCACCUGAGAGUUCAUACACAGGAGAAGCCAUAUUCGUGUGAUUUGUGUGGAAAGAGUUUUACAUUGCUACAAAGUUUGAAACAACAUCAGAAACUUCAUACUGGUGUGAAAGAGUACAUGUGCUUUGAGUGUGAAAAGACUUUUAUUUCAGCGGCCUAUUUAAAACAGCAUGAGAUUACUCACACUGGAGAGAAACCUUACAAGUGUUCACACUGUGACAAGAGAUUCAAUCAGUCAGGACACCUGAAAAGACAUGAGAGGAUCCACACUGGAGAGAAACCGUAUCACUGCACUGCAUGUGGGAAGUGUUUCAGUCGUUUAUUUUCUCUACACAGUCAUACAAAAACCAUUCACAGUAAGUAGAUCAUCUUCAGAUCCAGCACUUUCAGAUCUGAUGCUGCAAUAAUGCUGCAAGCAAUAAAGUAUCACCUGGAUAAAUCAUUUUGCUUCAUGAUAUAAAUGUUAUACUUGUAAUUUUAUAUGAGUUUCAUGUUACCGUAAUUCCUCAAAUAAAAACCGGGCCUCUUAUAGUGGCCGGGGGCGUGGUCAACAAGGACAAAUUAAGGCCGGGGGGAAAUUUGUGCAGCAGAGCCAGAUAACGAAGGUACACGCCCACUGCCGGAGCGUUUCUCGUUCUCGAGUCAAGAACCGGUUGCAUCGGUUUUCGGAUCACCAGUACACUGAACCGAGAAGCAUUU